AUGGCAACUGGACCGCAGUGGAACCGUCCUGGAUGUCCUUUUGUUCCGGAACCCAUCUUCCUGAACAAAUGGGAGCGUCGCGACGAACAGCCGCUGGCUCCCGCGUCAACCCCGUUCUUUCCUGCGGACGCGGGGGACCCGCGCAAAUUUCCACACUGCGGCAGAACGGACCUUGAGCGGACGGCGGGAGUUUCCCCGCCGCGAGCAGGGCGUGGGGUGUCUGUACACCCCGAGCACCCGUGUUGGGGCACUCAGAGAGGCGACCCUGGCUUCCAGACUGUCAGCGGGUUUCCCACUGUGUGUGCUUCGAAAGGAAGAGGUGCUGACGGCGCAACUGGGCUCGCAGAUAUCGGAAUCACUGCUCCGUCCCGCUACCAGCAAGAGCGAUCACCUGGAAAGCAUUCCAGGCAAGCGGACGGCGCGGCCGGAGUCAGCAAUCAAGGGGACGGCGUCUACGUCUUUCCACCUCAAGAAAGCGCUGAUCUCGCGUCACCGCGACAGACCCUCCAUCAACGGGAAGGGUAUGUGGGACAUCCAGAGCCCCACAGACGCAGCACUUCCCAUAUGGGCGAGGAGGAAAUGUCUUGCGCCCCCGUGGCUGCUGGACAGAAAGAAAACGCUCCGUGGGGAAUCCGGUCCCUUGCUGCGACACCCCUCGACCUUGAACAUGUCGCCAGGAAAGUUGCAUCUUGGCAACAGGACGUCCUUGGGACCAAACCGUCUCAUUUUUCAGGUCGUUCAAGCGACAGCACUCCCCCGCUUUCCAGGAUGCCUUCUUGCGUGUCGUCUGCUUCCUCUCUUUCUGUUGCUCCCCUUCGCGAAAGCCCCGGCGCAUUUGCGUCAGCGGCACGGAUCCCUGUGGCAGGCAGUGCAGACUUCCCGUCCUCUUCCCCCCCCCGGCGACAUGCGGAGUCUGAGCGGCUUCUCACAGGACAUUUUCCCGAAAACCCGGUGCCCGUCCGAGGGCGGCUGUACUCCUACGGCUCCUGUGGGGCAUCCGACGCCGACUCGUUCCUCUCAAAAUCGCCGAGAUAUUCUUCGGGACGCGUGUCGGCGACCGCGCCUUCACCUGGUCCAGCGGACUGGGUGUCGAAUUCGCACGUGGCAGGGCCCGUAUCUGGGCGAUAUCCCGAAGCUUUCGAGCGCGUGGUAACGCCCAGGCGGGCGGACAGGAGCACGGACUCUCAAGAGAUGCGACUCCCGAGCACGCGGCAAACGCCUGCCGGAGGUUCGCCUGGCUUGGCGUGCAGCAACCCGCGUGGCCGCGCAGCGCCUGACGCUUCUGCCUCCGGCUCGCUCGGGAACAGAUCCUCUGUCUCUGGAAGGGGGGGACCCAAAAAUGGUGUGACAGCGCUCUCUUCCGCGCUCUCUGUCUUUCCUUUCCUUCUCCCCAGCGCCGCCGUCCUGCCGGUCGGCGCCGUCGAUAGAAACUCCGAGCGUGCGGGGCUGAAAGCUAGCGCAUCCGCGGAAGUCACCAUGCACUCGACUUCUCCAGUGUCUCACAGCUCUCGACCUCGUGCCGGAAGCCGCAGAGCGGCCUCCAUUGCUCUGCAUGCACCGGAUCUCGCAUCUGGUUCCGUGAGACCGAGUGUCUCCACCCCGCUCCAUCCCGCCGAGUCCGAGAAGAAAAGUGCUUCGCAUGUCCACGAUGUGGGCUGGGUAGCCGAGAAGUCAAGGAAACCGACGCCUGCAGAUCAGCGGCUCGAGGAAACGCUCCUCGCCUUCCUUGCAGCCGCCACGCCCGACGCUGAAGAAGACGAUUUGCGGCGACUGCAGCGAAACAGCAUGGAGUUGGAUCUUCUUCUGCCGCAAGUAUCUGUGACAGAGUCGGACGCGGGCACGACCAUGCCUUCCGAGCUCCAGAUCAGCUCGGCAGGCAGUGGACUAGGAGCUCGGGACCGCCACCGUGGUUUCGGCCGCAGCGACGCUCGUGGACAAAGUGCCAGGCGAGUGGUCUGUGGGCGGAGCGCGCAAGUGUGUUGCUGCUUGGGCCCGUUAGUGAGCAGCCUCCACACAAGGUCUUUGUGCGACUUGUACGAGGAAGAAGCGUUCUUUCUUCCCGAGCAGGACAUCUUGGAAGUGAAAUUCAACUGGUGGCAGAUGCUCAAGCGCGAAUUUCGCCUGCAGAUCCACUGGGAGCUGCAGCAGGAGUUUCAGAACUCGCGGCGGUGCGAGUUUCCAAGGCUCCAGCGCCAGGAAAGGCUGCUCAGCCGCUGGUCGUACUGCGUCUCCAACGUCAGCGCUCACCACGUCCCGGAGGCUCGUCGCCUUCUUCAAGAAGGCCCGAAGCCGUCGGACGAGGACGGCGCCGCGGCGGGCCAGGGCUCGGGCGCGUCAGUCAGGGGGACAGAGUGUCGGGGUGCCGGCAAGGACGGCCUCGGGGCCAUCGAUGUGGGCGCGCUUCUGUCGCGGGCGGGCGAGAGCCGCGGGAGAGAUGGCGACUUCAUGGACUGCUCAGACGCGCGGGGAGGCGCCGGCAACGACGGGCGGCGGACGCUGAACCGCCACUUGCGGCAGCGGGCGUGGACGUGGAUGUGGCAGUGCGCCGCAGGUCUCGGGUUCUGCGUCGCGACGCGGUUCCUCGGUUUGCAGCUCUUGGACGCGUACGUUGCUCACGAGCAGUCUCCCGUCGAUGCCGAGAACGAAAACCAAGCGAGUCUGGUGGCAGUGGCGUGCCUGCUCAUCGCCGCGGGCCUCCGCGGCCACUGGAAGGACAUCCACAAGGACGCGUACCUCGCCGGGAUCGUUAGAGGCCUGGACUUCCCGUACUCCGUCGACGAAGUGAUUCAGACCCAGUACGACAUCCUCCAGCUGCUUCCCGCUGGGCUGAUGCUGAGUAAAACUGUGGUUGACUACUUCCGUCUCUUCCUGGCCCACCUGCGGGAUCUGCCGAACGUGAUCCAGCAUCUCGACGCAAUUCCGCCCGAGGUGGCCGAGCCGGCAACCCAGAGUCUGUGUGUCGCCGCGUCUUCUCUCCCAUCGAGCGACGCCCUCGGGCUCGCCUCCCGCUCCGACCCCGGCGCGUCGGAUAUUCGCGUAUCCGCCGGCUUCGGCAGUGACUUGCAGGGAGACGAGAACCAGUUUGCGGAAGAUCUGCAGCCUCUCGGAGGCCUCCCGUCUCCCUUUCGCUUCGGACAGAGUGGACAGAACAGCGUGAAGACGCGGACACGCAGAGGCAAGUUGCCCACGCGCUCGCCUCGCCCUCCGUGCGAGACAGGCGAGGUGGGUAUACCGACUGGGGACCAGUCCAGGUCGAGGCAGGAGUCUGUGGACUGCCGGAGCAGCCGAAGAGCUUCCCAGCACGGCCCGUUCUUGCCGGAGGUGUCCGAGGGCGACGCACGUAUGGGGAGCGCGGGAGCCCUCGUCUCUCUCUUUGAUUUCUGGAAAUGCACGGGUCUCCUGGCGUGUCUAGAGGCGCUCAUCCUGCGGAGCUGCUCGGCCGUCGCAGGCUCGGUGGGGCCGCCGCUGCUGGUGCCCCCGAGUCGCCUCGUGGCAGCGCUCCUGCUGCGUCUGUUGGAGCCGUACAGCACGGCGAGGAUGGUGGAGAACGCAGAGAGGCGGGCGGAAACCAACGGUCCUGCCGGCGACCGACCGGAAGAACCAGUUCUCGGACAUCCCGGCACUGCCGCGUGGAGCCGGUUCGUUUGCACCUUUGUGUUCCGUCUCCACUACGACGCCGACAUGGUCUUCUGGAAGGCCGUCCUCGCCCCACUGAUCGAUGGCGUGCUGCGCAUGGAAGACAACCACUGUUUCCUCGCCCUUUGGCAAGCGGGAAGCGAGGUCUGGGCCCGACUGAUAGCGCGGAGUUGCCACACUGGGGAGGAAGACCUCGAGCCGCCGGGAGUUUCCCGCGAGUCCAGCGGCGCACGCCCGUUUUUCCGUGAAAGAGAACUCUCUUCUGAAAACCUGCAUCGGGCGUCAGCUGGGUCUCUCGCGCCGGGGCGUCUUCUUUCACAGGCAAGCGAAACGAAGGCCAGCCGCGAGGGCUACGUUUCCGCGCAGCUGACUCAGGAUCUGCGGCCCCACCGGCCUGUGAAGAGAAGCGUCUCUGCGGAGACUCUCGCCAGUUCCUGGCGAGAAGGCGCUUCGCGACGUCUCGGCGCCCAGACGCAGCAAACAGACUUCGCCGGGUGGACGGUAGGUCCCGUCCCCGGAGAAGAGUCGGAGAUGCAGGCGUUGCAGGCCGACAGACCAGCGACUCCGCCUGCAAACCGAUGUCGCGGCUCUGACCAACUCAGCCGACGGAGAGUCGAAAGCGGGGGCAGGGUGUCGGCGGGUCGUAGGAAACCCUCGAGCUUUGUCUCCAGCGCGACUGGGGCCGUUCUGACUCCGAGCGCGGACAAUCGACAGGCUCCUGUGUGUGGCCAAGCCGCCUUCCUUCCACAAGACGUCCACGCCUGGGACGGCGACCUCGCCUUCGAUGAGACCAUGCAGUGGGAGACCGCCGAAGACACUCGCUCCGCCGCGCCUCCUGCUGCUGGUUCCUGUUCUCCACGAGUCUCCUCGAGCUCUGGUCGGGCCCCCUGCGAGACGCGGCUAUCCAGAGGGAUUCUGCUUGAAGAACAAGGACACCCCGCCCAAGUCGCCUCGAGUUCUCAUAGAAACUCCGCAGAGAGACAGCUGGGACAGCUCCCAGCAGAGGGCGGGCGCGUGGUGUACACGAGCAGCCAGUUUCAAAAUGUCCAGGCAGACACUGCGUACCCCGUGGACGUCAGAGAUUUCCCCGUUUGCCGCCCCGCGAGGGACGGAUCUCAAGGCGGUCCGGCGAGAAACGUCCGCCAGAGACACAGCGAGCGACACCGAGCGUCGUGGUCUGCCGCUGACGAGGCUCCUGUCGCUUCGCACACGAGAAGAGAGCGUCUUUCCUCGAUGGGGAGGUUCUCGAGCUCGGAGAGUCGUCGCGGGGGCGCCGGUGCGGAGGAGAUGUACCGUCAGAACUCGGCGUACACAGAUCGCAUUCGCCGGUGA